AUGGCCGAGAAUCAAGACAAUGCCGCGUUCCUAAAUGGAAGUGCAAUGAAGCCCAAUGCCUUCAACGGCACAAAGUCCAAGAAUCGGCUACCUGAGCAGUUCGACAGGGUUCUCAUGAUCCUGUCCUACAUGAAAGGUGGACACGCGGGCAAAUAUGUCACCACGUUCAUGAAGAAGUACGACACAGACGAAGAAACCGUGGUACAGAACACGAAGACGCUGUGGGAAGACCUAGAUAGGCACUUCCUAAUCGAUGAGCAGGCCAAAGCGUAUGAUCGGCUCCAAGCCAUGCAGAUGGGGAUGCUAUCAGCACAAGAGUUUUUCUCGAAGUUCAAGUUGUGUGCCUUCCAGGCAAAUGUUCACGACUUCGAAGCACACUUCCAAGAACUCAAGUUGCUUCUAGAAAAAGCACUCCGGACCGACAUCAUUUGGCUUCUGUACAAUUCCUCGGAAGAACUUCCAACCACCUACGCGCUCUACAAGCUACGGGUCGCGCGCAUCGACCUGAAUCAGCAGCAAUACCGAAGGCAGAACCCACAGUCCCAAUGA